AUGGAUAAAUGUGGCAUUUGCUUAAAACCCGCUGUUCAGUUAUUUGAGACAGGCAAAGACGGUGUCUAUGCAUGUUUCAAAUGUCAGCCCUUGGUGCCGGAAGUCACAAUAGGUGAUACUUCAGAAAAGCAGUCACCGACUUUAAACAGAGAGGAGGAUAGUGAAGCACUCUACUGUGGUAUCUGCAACAAGUCAUUCAGCAAGAGCAUGCAGCUUCAGAAUCACAUGAGGAACCAUCGAGCUGAAAGACGUUUUGUAUGCACCUACUGUAAUAAAGCAUUCUCUCAAUCUAAUAAUUUGCGCGCACAUCUACGUAUCCACACUAACGAACGGCCAUACAAGUGCCAGGAGUGUGGCAAAGCUUUUACUCAGGUAACAAAUCUGAAUAAUCAUGUUCGUCUUCACACUGGAGAGAGACCCUUCGUAUGCCCUGAACCGGGAUGCGACAAAGCAUAUGCCCAGGUGACGAACCUGAACCAACAUCGCAAGCGUCAUUUAUCCGGUCGCGCUGACUCCUACGACUGUAGUGUGUGUGGAGAGAGGUUCACGCAGAGGAAUCAUAUGUACACGCACAGACGUGAGGCCCACGACAUAAAGUCUCCAGUCAGAAGUCAGAGACACAGCUGCACCGUGUGUGGCGUGUCGUUACCGAGCGAGAGUCACUUACAGAUACAUAUGACAAGACAUAUUGGAGAGGAUAAUGAACAUAAGCCGUUAGUAGGCGGUGAGUGGGGUGUAUCAUGUGUGUUCUCAUCUUGUGGAGCUCGGCUGUCCUCUGCUCGUGAUCACACAGACCACUUACUGAGAGCCCACCAGCUGAGGGUGCUGGCUCGAGGCAGGGAGCAUCACCCGCCACGACGAGGGAGACCGCCCAAGGUAAUAUAUACUACUACUACUAGUAACUAUAUUCUAAAAGAGCCUCUCGACAUACCCGAACAUAGACAAUUUGAAGAGGUUAAAAUGAUAAAAGAGGAGCCGCAGUUCUUGCCCAAGUUGAAAUUACAGAGUUUGUUUCAGUGA